AAAAAUGUUUCAACCCUACAUUGCAGCUGUAGUGAACAUAACCAAAUGAUUUACUUGAUGUGGCUAUUAAUCUCUAUAUAUACCCUUUGAGAAUCUCAAUCCAUGCAUAUCAAACACACAAAUAUUCAAUAGUAAAACACAGCUAAAAUAGAUAAUAUGCAGAGUUUUUGCUCCAAAGCAUCCUUUCUUUUCCUAGUUUUUCUUGUUAUCACAAAUUUGUUGCACUCUGAAGCCCAACAGUGCCGUCCAAGUGGUAGAAUUAAAGGAGAAAAAGCUCCUUCCGGACAAUGCAACCAGGAAAAUGAUUCAGAUUGUUGUGUGCAAGGAAAAAUGUACACAACUUAUAAAUGCUCACCAUCAGUAUCUACUCACACUAAAGCAUAUCUCACGCUCAAUAGUUUUGAAGAAGGUGGAGAUGGAGGUGGUCCUUCAGCGUGUGAUAAUCAAUAUCAUUCCGACGACACCCCGGUUGUUGCACUUUCUACUGGAUGGUUCAACAACAAGAGUAGAUGUCUCAACAAAAUUAAGAUUAGUGCGAACGGAAGAAGUGUGGUGGCCAAAGUUGUUGAUGAGUGUGAUUCGAGAGCAGGAUGCGAUAAAGAACAUGAUUAUCAACCUCCUUGUAACAACAACAUAGUUGAUGCCUCUAAAGCUGUGUGGAAAGCCUUGGGUGUGCCUCAUGAUCAAUGGGGUGGAUUGGACAUUACAUGGUCUGAUGCUUGAUAUUAUGUGCAUUCAAAAAACAGUAUGUGUUUGGUGUAGUACAGUAAGUGUUUUGGUGAGUUUUAUCUGUUUUUCGUCUUUUAUGUAUGAUAUAUAUAUAUCAAGUGUGCCAGUUUUCUUUUUCUU